AUGACUUGUAUACUAAGCUGCUCUCAUGGCGUCGUGAUCGCAACCGCCAUGGUUUUUUCAAGCACUGCUCUGUUUCUCGCGGUUUCCCGUCAAUUCUCUGGAAAUCAGACAUCAGAGGUCGAUGAUCAACCUUUCCUCCGUUCGUGUCUUUCUUCAGAGGAAAAGAAGAAACAGAGGAAGAAGAUGAAGAAGAAGGUGAAAUUCGCAGAGAAUGUGAAGGAGCCGAAAGGGAACGGUGAAGAGUAUCGUAAGAGGGAACAUCUCCGAAGAAUUGUACCGGAACCGAAGAUUAAACCGGAUGAUAAAACCAGUUCGGUUUGUAGAAACGACAUGCCGGCAAACCGGAUUGCUCUGUACAAUGGGAUUCUUAGAGACAGAGAUCAUAGGAUUCAGUGCUCCUAUUGA